GGCUUUCCUCCUCCUCCUCCCGUUUUCUUUGUUUUUUCUGUUCCUGUUUUCAAUUCUUAUUUUUUAUUUUUAUUUUUAUUUUUAUUUUUGGGUUGUCUGCUCAGUAAUCUCACUGUUUUCCCUCUAUGUGUGUUCUUUCUUGUUUGCUUCAUUGGUUCAGUGUUUUUUUCUUGUGAACUGAAGAGGAUCUGAAAACAGAAACAUGUUUUUGUUUUUAUUUUUGUUUUUGUGUUGUGUGGGCGAAUUGAGAUUUGGGAUUUUGGGUUGAGUCUUGGGAUGUUUGGUGCAUAUGGGGUUGUGUGAAUCGGAUCGUAGAGUUCACGCACCAGCGAAUACAGUAGUUGGUUUUGCUGGUUUUGGUUUGUGAGGAUGGUGUUGGUGGAGCUGAUGGAGAGAGCAGGAGAGGGAUGGAGCAUUUUGGUUUGAGGAUGGAGAAGAACCCGAGAGAUCUGUUGCAGAGGUUGAUGGGGAACAGUGGAGAGCAGUCGCAGUACGCGUCCAUGGUGAAGGGAGAGGAUGACCCAGAAGAGAUAGAGUUGAAUCUUGGGCUGUCACUGGGUGGGAGAUUCGGAGUGGACAAGAGCGAGAAGAAGCUAAUGAGGUCGUCUUCAAUUGCUGGUUCGAUAGGGAUAACGAGGGACGAGGAUGCGCUGGUGACUCCCGCUGUUUCGUACUCUAGUCUGAUGAGGACUUCUUCACUUCCGACUGAGACCCAAGAAGAGUGGAGGAAGAGGAAGGAGUUGCAGACACUGAGGCGGAUGGAGGCCAAGAGGAGGCGCUCCGAGAAGCAGAGGAAUAAGGAGGGCUGUGUCGAGGAUGAAAAGCGCGAUUUAGAUAGCCCAAUUGUGGGUUUCAGAUCAAACAUUGAGAAAGCACAUCACUAUGUGGCCGCCAAUAGGUCGGCUGCUGCAUUUGGGUUCCCCACUUGGGCGGCGGCGGCUGCUGCUGCGAAAGGGAAGGGUAGUGGUAGUUUACAAAACUUCGUGCAGCAGACUUCCCAGGGCUCGGGAGAAUCCCAAGGGGGGAGCUCUUCAAGCAUGUCGGAAUUGGAGAGCAAGCCUCUUCAAGGGUACAGCAGCUGUGGCGAAGCGAGAAGCCUUGCUUGCAAUCAGUCAUUGCAAGAGCAAAGCAUUCAGGAGGCCUCAGGUUCUUCCAGGACAAAGCCAAAUGAAGGUACAGGCAGAACUUCUGGAGCUGAGAUGGAGAAUCCAUCUAAGAAUCCUGGUUUAUCAGAAAAUAGAGGGAGGGGAAGUGGGAUGAAUUUUAUGGGGGAUAUGCCUUGUGUUUUUACGAGGGGAGACGGUCCAAAUGGAAGAAGAAUAGAAGGAAUUCUAUAUAAGUAUGGAAAGGGGGAGGAAGUGAGAAUAAUGUGUGUAUGCCAUGGUAGCUUUCUGUCCCCAGCAGAGUUUGUGAAGCAUGCUGGUGGGGGUGAUGUUGCCCACCCACUUAGGCAUAUAGUUGUAAACCCCUCCUCUGCUUCUUUCGUAUAAUGCUGGUUUCCAAAUAUCAUCAUCCCUUCAAAGGCUGGGAGGUUAAAAAAAAAAUGGAAAAAAAAAGAGGGGGAAAAAGCAAAAGUGAAUAUUCAUAAACAACUAUAGCUUCUUUUAUUUAUUUAUUCCUCCUUUUCUCUUGAUAGGUAACUUCUUAUGUUUUGAGUCAACUGCUUCUGAUGGUGAAAGGAAAAGAUUUCAACUGUA